AGAGAGAGAGAGAAUAAGAGGGGAAAGAGUCAGAGAGGAGCAUUAAGGACAUGGCGGCGUUGCAGAGCGCGAGACAGAAGAGAAACAAAACUCUCUGAUCGCUCGAAUCUCUCUUAAAUACUCUCUAUACCGACAAUCCAACUUUCACAGUUCCAAAAGCUUUAUUCGAUUUCUAAAACAAACCAGAUAACAUAAUAUCAUCUUCCUCACCAAUUGAUCGUUUCUUCUUGUGGAAAGAUUAGAAGACAUGUGGGAGUGUUGAUUAAGUGGAAAAAGAAAAGCCCUUGAAAUUUGGUAAUAUAUGGCUGGUUGUGUCCGACUAUGGCAGGCUUUUUCUCGCUAGGCAACGGCACAGGAGUAGAUGGAGGAGGAAGCCGCCAAGACGCCACUACUACUAAUACAAAUAAUAAUUCUUCUCCAUCCGGAAACGAAUCUUGGCUCUGGUGCAGAAACCCUAACUCAAACGCAAACGCUGGGUGUGGUGAUAUCGCUCCUUCUUACAAAGGAACACUUGAGUUAUGGCAACACUCAAACAAUCAACAAAUCAUUUUCCAGCAGCAGCAGCAACAAAGGCUGAAUCUCUACACUUCCGCUGCUGGUUUAGGCGUUGGUCCAAGCAACCGGAGCUUAAUUGAAGCUUCCGGCGGUGAAGCCUCCGGUUUAACGAUGAUGAGAAGUGGUGGCGGCGGCGGCGGACCCAGCUGCCAGGACUGUGGGAACCAAGCUAAGAAAGAUUGCGCUCACAUGAGGUGCAGGACUUGCUGCAAGAGCCGAGGCCUUGAGUGUCCCACUCACGUGAAAAGCACGUGGGUUCCUGCCGCCAAACGCCGGGAACGCCAACAGCAGCUUGCCUCCUCUCAGCAUCCGCAAGGUGAGAACGUUCCUAAACGGCCGAGAGAGCAUUUCCCAGUCCCAGCAAAAUCUACUUCCCUUGUGUGCACUCAUAACACCUUAGGGCUACAGGUUGGAAAUUUUCCACCGGAAAUUAGCUCAUCUGCAACUUUCCAGUGUGUGCGUGUGAGUUCGGUUGAUGAGGGAGAAGAUGAAUAUGCAUACAAAACAGCUGUGAGUAUAGGCGGUCACGUAUUCAAAGGUAUUCUCUACGACCAAGGUCCGGCCGAGAGAAGCUCCUCGGACGGUGGAUCUCAGCCGUUGAAUCUCAUAACCGCAGGGCCAUCGGCCUCCUCGUCAAGCGCAAAGGUGAGCUGCAACAAUGGAGUCGUUGGCUCCACUUCAGAUCAUUACAUUGAUCCUGCCUCACUUAAUUAUCCUACCUCCAACAACAGUUUCAUCACUGGUACACACUUCUUCUCCAACCCUAGAUCUUGACAGAUCAUAGCCAUUUAAUUCUUACAGUACAACUAGGGUUUGUAGAACGGAGGAAGAGGAGUUUAUAACGUUAAUCAGUGUUUUAAAGAUUAAUCUCCAAAUCCUGAGAAUGUUUAUAUUCUAUAUUUAAAUCGUUACCUGUCUUUUAAUAUUAUGUACAAUUUCUGUUAAAAAAAGUUAAGUUCUCUAUUACCUGCCUACAAAAUUUAAUUAUAAGUUCAUAGUGUUUUUAUCUGGAAGUACCUUGUAUUAUUGUAUUAUUGGAGUAUAUAAUCCAGUCCAGUUUUCAAAUAUCAAAAAAGUCAACGAGUCUGUAUCUGUGGAAGCUCACAUCAACAGCUUUCCAGCUGGCUGUUUUCAACUCUGAUCGCUAAUCUCAGGCUUGUUCUUUUCAAUUUUCAACUCAAGACUUUUUUGGACGUCGAAUUUAAAAUUUUAAGAAGUUUGUCAGUUAAUUACAGAUGUGAUUUGCUCUGUAAAAUCAAUUAAUGUUGAAAUAUACUUGUAUAUUGGAAACCGUGGGAAACAUGUACUGAGCUUUACUGUGGGUUUGGCAAAACAAUCACAGACAAACUGGCAUAGGUAUAUAUGAUAGGCGGCUACUGUUUGUCAAUAUGGUCGUAUGUAUAUCACUUCGUAUACUUGAUAGUUAAAUUUAAGCAGUUUUUGAAGCCAACUCCAAAAUAUCAAAUUUAGUGUGAUUUUAUCUAUAAUAAAAUUCCAAAAUUACAUAGUUUUACCAAAAUUGAUGUUACUUUAGUGAAUGCUAUUUAUCAUACCAAUUAUUAAACUAAUAUAUUUUAUUACUUUUCAUUUGACUAUAGUCACAUGAAUAUAUUAAUUAGCGUAGACUUAUAUUUGCUAGAUUUAAUAUUUUAAUUAAAGCAAAAUGCACUAAAUAAAGUCUUAAACAUCUAUCUUUCAUAUACAAAAACUAAAACUUCAAUUUUUGUAUAUGGAGAGAAUAUUUCUAUUUUUUCUUACCUUGCUAAAAAUUAAAAUAUUAUAUUAAUUAUAUUUUAAUUUAAAAUAUACUCAAAUAAUUAUCAUCGAUUAUAUCAAACUGUAAAAAUACAUAUUAUGUACUUUUCGUUUUUAAUGUAAAUUUAGCUGAACUAAUUUUUUUCAUAAAAACAAACUAAUAUAUAAAUUAACUCUAAAAUAAUUUUUAAUAAAUAAUGAAGACAUAAAAUUACAAAAUUUAACAAAAUCAAAUAUAAAAUCAAAUGUGAUAUAAUGAAAUUA